AUGCAGAUCAACGAUUCGCGCUUCCAGAACCACAUGGCCCUGACUGUGCUAGAGGGCUUGUUUGGGAUGGAGGGCCAGCAGAUGCCAGCGGUAAACGGCCAGCAGAACAUCGUUGACAUGAUCAUGUCCAAGCUAGCCAACGUCAAAAUGGGUACCGCCUCCCCCGAUGCUGUAUCCGGCACCGACACAUCCAUCCUGGGGUGGCCAACCUGCAAGGAUACUCUGGCUUGCAACUUCAACAUCCUGCAGAAUGUUUCCAUGUCCGACAGGCUCAUCUAUCUCGUCACCAUCCAGGUCAAGCUUCUCGGCGGACCAAACAAGAGCCAGACCCAGUUCAAGGCUGUUGAAGGACUGAUGCAGUACUUUAUCGACAAGAACCUUCCCAAUCCCAAUAUUGCUCCUUCAUACGGCUUGGCUGGUGUUCUUGAGGGAAUCCAGCGUGGUACGGCCAUUGCCCUGGGAAAGUCAAACGAUACGUUUGGUAACCCUAGCUCUCUCAUGUGGGCCAGCUUUCUCAGGAAAGCCUUCCAAGUGGGCCUCAACUAUGGUGUCCAGACUGGUGACCGGCUUACUGGUACAACGGUUGGGGUCAAUGGUUACGUCGAGAUACCAGAGCGCGCGGCUGUCUUCAACAUUCUCACCGCUUGGACCAUUCUCGCCCAGAAUGAGGGCGUCGUUGGCCGUAUAUUCAGCCUUAUCUUUGAAACUGACCAGGCCAAUGCCUCUCAAAGUGCCCCCGCCAUCUUCUUGCCCCUGCUUCCCUACGGCUUCACAGCCGAAAAGCUUAUCAACUGGAUCUUUAAUGUUUCUGAUCCCAAGCCAUUGUAUUGCCUGGUGGAUGCCGCCUUCAACGACCGUGCCAUUGCAGCCCUAAGAAUCGAUCCCACUACGUUUUUGAACGACCUCAACAACUUGAUCACGAUCAUACCCGCUUUUCUACGGUGCUAUACGGUUGGAGCGAAUAUCUAA